ACAGUCACCACAGACUGCUGUAAUUAUACACUGCAAGCUAUUUUCAACCCAGCCCUACCAACCUUAAAAUAUGGCGCGAAUAUAAGCCAGAAGUGACCUCUUUGUCACUUUGGAGCUGACAAGCAUAACUGCAUCAGGAGAGAGAAUCCUCUGUGGUCCAUAUCUCCCUUAUUUCUUCUCAAGCUUCCAUGGCAAUGGCUUCUCCCAUCUUCGCCUCUGUAAUUCCCGCCAAAACUACUGCAAAACCGACACUCUUUCUUCCCAUCGCAUCUUCAUCUUUCCGUCCUUGUAACAACGGUAGCCACUUUUCUCCCGGUCGUGUCUCAUCGUCUUCUCGACCUUCCCUUUCAUCAAUAUCCCCCUUAACGGCAGCUUCGGCCACUUCUGUCGAAGUGGAGAAAGAACCAACGAGCAGAAAUUCAUCCAAGUCUUUGCCGUUCCGAGUUGGCCACGGCUUCGAUCUUCAUAGAUUGGAACCCGGGUACCCGCUCAUCAUCGGAGGGAUUAAUAUCCCUCACGACAGGGGCUGUGAAGCUCAUUCAGAUGGUGAUGUGUUGCUUCACUGCGUGGUAGAUGCGAUUUUGGGUGCUCUGGGGCUUCCGGACAUUGGACAAAUCUUUCCUGAUAACGAUCCUAAGUGGAAAGGAGCGGCGUCAUCUGUAUUCAUUAAAGAAGCGGUCAGGCUCAUGCAUGAGGCAGGUUAUGAACUUGGAAACUUGGAUGCAACUCUCAUUCUGCAGAGACCAAAGCUGAGCCCGCACAAAGAAGCUAUUAAGGCCAACUUGUCUGAGCUGCUCGGAGCAGAUCCUUCUGUCGUUAACCUCAAAGCAAAAACUCAUGAAAAGGUUGACAGCCUUGGGGAAAACCGAAGUAUUGCAGCACAUACUGUGGUUCUUCUAAUGAGAAAGUGAAGGAAUCUAAUCCUAAAUUUUUCACACGGAUGAGAAUUUUAAGUUACUGUCAUUAUUAUGCUGUUUACAAAGAUCACAUUGCUUUGUCCUCUGAAUAGAUGGUUGAGGAUGUACCAACCACUGUAAUGUGCUCAAUUUUCAAGAUGAUGUAGGUCAGUUGGUAUAGAAUAUGCAUCAAAAUGGGUUGCUUCUACCUGGAUGAGAAACUUAAACC